UUUGCCUUAAUUUCAAGAUUGUUCCAAGCAAUCUUCCACUUGAACGUAAGAGUCAGAAAUAAACGUUCAUUAUACACAUUACCAUGCAGUCAGUCGAGGAGGAGCCCUUGAAGGAAAAAAAUGGAGAACCCAAUGACAAAAAUAAGGAAAAGAAAACGUUUAUUGAAAAAAUCAAAUAUGUUAAGGAUAAUAUUACACUGGAACCAACGCUAGCAUGCUACGUCGUUCCUAGAGUGUUGUCCAGACUGGCCACACAAAAUAUGAAUUUGGAUAAAGCUUGCAGAGUGAAUAUGCGAUAUGGCAAAGUUGUGUGCGAUGCGCUGCUUGCCAGAAACGGCACGCAAUACUUAAAAGAGGAACUUGUAGUACAGGAGUUUAUAGCAGCAAUGGAGAGCUGGAAAAAUAUACUGCUGACGGCAUUGCCGAGUUUUCUGAUUCUCUUUCUGGGCGCAUGGAGCGAUCGUACUCGCAAAAGGAAAAUCUGUAUACUCAUGCCUAUCAUAGGAGAAUUACUGGUGUGUCUAAGCAACAUAAUUAACGUGUACUAUUUCGAGGAGUUGCCAGCAGAAGUGGCAAUAUUUUUUGAGGCAUUCUUCCCUGCAAUCACAGGCAGUUGGAUAUCUACUUAUUUGGGAACAUUUAGCUACAUCGGUGAUAUAUCUAGCAAAGAGUCCAGGACUUUUCGAGUUGGUGUAGCUAAUUUGUGCCUCACCGCUGGGGCACCUAUAGGGUCUGCUCUCAGUGGAGUUCUUUUGAAUCUGAUUGGCUAUUAUGGAGUGUUCAGUUUGAGUGCUGUUUUGAAUUUGUUUAGUAUUUUGUACGGAUUUUACUAUAUAAAAGAUCCUGAGAUGCCAGUUGCGGAGAAGAAUGCUCAGAACAAAUCCUCCAGCGUAUGGGGCUUCCUGAAAUCCUUUUUCGAUGUGAGCCACGUGAAGGCCACACUGCAGGUGGCAUUCAAAAAGGGACCCAACCACCGAAGGACAAAGUCCAUAUUGAUAUUGGCAUCCAUCUUCUUCAUAUACGGCCCGGCUGACGGCGAAUUCAUUGUGAGGUACUUAUUUACAAGGUACCGUUUCAACUGGGAUGCAAUGAAAUAUAGUUUCUACAAUACUUUCUAUAUUCUGAUGCAUUUACUGGGUGCGCUGAUCUCAAUCAGUCUGUUCAGCCGUCGGUGGAAGUGGGAUGACUCCGUACUGGGUUUGAUUUCAAACGUCAGCAAAGUCAUUGGAGCCCUGUGUACGGGCCUCGCAAGGAACAGCCUGGAGAUGUAUAUAGCUGUUGCAGUGGAGAUGUUCAAUGCUACUUCAUUCACAGCGUUGAGAUCUAUAUCGUCAAAAUUAGUCACAAGUGACGAAUUGGGUAAAAUGACGGCAAUGUUUAACCUGAUGGAAAUCGUGACGUCGUUGGUUUUCGAUCCCAUCUACUCAUGGAUGUACAUGCUAACACUGAAAAUAUAUCCUGGAACUAUAUAUUUCGUCAGUACCGUACUGACUAUACCACCUUUAAUGUUCUUUGGAUGGUUUUACCUUCAACACAGAAAAACAAGCAGAACGAAACCGAAAGAAUUGAUAGACGUUGAAAUCAAAAAAAGGGAUGACACUUCAAAAGAAAAAGAAGACAUUAGGAAAAAUUCAUUAAUAAGUAGUUUAGAAUUUGUAGAUGAUAAGCUUGUACUGCCAUAGUUUUAGCACUAGAUAAUAUUGGUUACUUACCUAUCUAUAAAUUUAAAUUUAUACCUACGUACUUCAGAAUAAAAAUCAAAUUGUUUAAA